AUGAAUAAUCUAGCUAACCUUCAAGCACAGCGAAAUCAAUUCCAACUAUUCCCAUUCCAUAUGGUUACUGCUAGUCCAUGGCCUAUGUUCAUUUCAUUCUCUCUUCUUAUUCUUACAAUGGGAAGUGUUGUUUAUAUCCAAGGAUAUGCUAGUCCUUUUGGAGAUUCUGGUAUUUCUCUUGUACUUCUUGGAUUCAUCUCUACUGCUCUAUGUCUAGCUCUUUGGCUUCGAGAUGUAGUUACUGAAGGUACAUUCCUAGGUGAUCAUACUAUUCCAGUUCAAAAAGGACUUAGCCUAGGUAUGGUAUUCUUUAUUAUUACUGAGGUAUUCUUCUUUAUCUCUAUCUUCUGGGCUCUAUUCCACUCUUCACUUUCUCCUGAUGUUGCUCUAGGUGGACAAUGGCCUCCUGUUGGUAUUGAAUCAAUCAACCCAUUUGAACUUCCUCUUCUAAAUACUAUUCUUCUUCUUACAUCUGGUGCUACAGUAACAUACUCACACCAUGCUGUAAUUAACAAAAACCGAGCAGGUGCUAUUUCAGGACUUAUCCUUACUGUUGUACUUGCUACAGUAUUUACUAUUUGUCAAGGUAUUGAGUACUACAAUGCUCCAUUUGCUAUUUCUGAUGGUGUAUAUGGUUCUACAUUCUAUCUAUCUACUGGAUUCCAUGGUAUCCAUGUUAUUGUUGGUACAAUUAUGCUAGCAGUUUCUCUUGGUCGAAUGAUUCAAUAUCAUUUCACAAGUACUCACCAUGUUGGAUAUGAAUCAAGUAUUCUAUACUGGCACUUUGUUGAUGUAGUAUGGCUAUUCCUAUUCGUUUCUGUUUACUGGUACGGUGGAUAA